CCCAGACGUACACUCUCCCCUGCCAUCCCGCUCUGGACUCUGGCUCCGGCUCCGGUUCCGCUCGCAAUUUGUAACCUCUGUGGCCGCUGUCGCCGCCUCCCAUUCGCGGGCGGCUAAGGUGGCCGUCGCUUCGAUGUCCUAGUCCAGGGGUCCCCGGGCCGGGCUCGGCUGGGCUCCCUUCACCUUCUGCUGGAGUCAUGAGGGCGAAUGGGGCUCUGCAGGUGCUGGGCUUCCUUCUCAGCCUGGCCCGGGGCUCCGAGGUUGGCAACUCGCAGGCAGUGUGCCCUGGGACUCUGAAUGGGCUGAGUGUGACUGGCAAUGCCGAGAACCAGUACCAAACACUGCACAAGCUCUACGAGAGGUGUGAGGUGGUAAUGGGGAACCUUGAGAUUGUGCUCACCGGACACAAUGCUGACCUCUCCUUCCUUCAGUGGAUUCGAGAAGUGACAGGCUAUGUCCUUGUGGCCAUGAAUGAAUUCUCUACACUCCCACUGCCUAACCUCCGAGUGGUACGGGGCACCCAGGUCUACGAUGGGAAGUUUGCCAUCUUUGUCAUGUUGAACUAUAACACCAACUCCAGCCACGCUCUGCGCCAGCUUCGUUUUACCCAGCUCACGGAGAUUCUGUCAGGGGGUGUUUAUAUUGAGAAGAAUGAUAAACUUUGUCACAUGGACACAAUUGAUUGGCGGGAUAUCGUGAGGCACCCAGGCGCUGAGAUAGUGGUGAAGGACAAUGGCAGAAGCUGUCCACCCUGUCAUGAGGUCUGCAAGGGGCGUUGCUGGGGCCCUGGACCAGAGGACUGCCAGACAUUGACAAAGACCAUCUGUGCCCCUCAAUGUAAUGGUCACUGCUUUGGGCCAGACCCCAACCAGUGCUGCCACGAUGAGUGUGCAGGGGGCUGCUCCGGCCCUCAGGACACCGACUGCUUUGCUUGCCGACACUUCAAUGACAGCGGAGCUUGUGUGCCCCUGUGCCCACAGCCUCUUGUGUACAACAAGCUUACUUUCCAGCUGGAACCCAAUCCCCACACCAAGUACCAGUAUGGAGGAGUUUGUGUGGCCAGCUGUCCCCAUAACUUUGUGGUGGACCAGACAUCCUGUGUCAGGGCCUGUCCUCCUGACAAGAUGGAAGUAGAUAAAAAUGGCGUCAAUGUAUGUGAGCCUUGUGGAGGGUUGUGCCCUAAAGCAUGUGAAGGGACAGGUGCUGGGAGUCACUUCCAGACUGUGGACUCUAGCAACAUUGAUGGUUUUGUGAACUGCACCAAGAUCCUGGGCAACUUGGAUUUUCUUAUCACCGGCCUCAAUGGAGACCCUUGGCACAAGAUCCCUGCCCUAGACCCCGAGAAGCUCAAUGUGUUCCGGACAGUACGAGAGAUCACAGGUUACCUGAACAUCCAGUCCUGGCCUCCGCACAUGCACAACUUCAGUGUUUUUUCCAAUCUGACAACCAUUGGAGGCAGAAGUCUGUACAACCGGGGCUUCUCAUUGUUGAUUAUGAAGAACUUGAAUGUCACAUCCCUGGGCCUCCGAUCCCUGAAGGAAAUAAGUGCUGGCCGUGUCUACAUCAGUGCCAAUCGGCAGCUCUGCUACCACCACUCUCUGAACUGGACCAGGCUGCUUCGGGGGCCUGCAGAAGAGAGACUGGACAUCAAGCAUAAUCGGCCCCGCAGGGACUGUGUGGCAGAGGGCAAAAUGUGUGACCUGCUGUGCUCCGGGGGAUGCUGGGGCCCAGGCCCUGGUCAGUGUUUAUCCUGUCGAAACUACAGUCGAAGUGGUGUCUGUGUGACCCACUGCAACUUUCUGAAUGGGGAGCCUCGUGAGUUUGCCUAUGAAGCUGAAUGCUUCUCGUGCCACCCGGAAUGCCAGCCCAUGGAGGGCACUGCCACAUGCAAUGGCUCGGGCUCUGAUGCUUGUGCUCAGUGUGCCCAUUUUCGAGAUGGGCCCCACUGUGUGAGCAGUUGCCCCCAUGGAGUCCUGGGUGCCAAAGGUCCUAUCUACAAGUACCCAGAUGUUCGGAAUGAAUGUUGGCCCUGCCACGAGAACUGCACUCAAGGGUGUAAGGGACCAGAGCUACAAGACUGUCUGGGCCAAUCACUGGUACUAAUCAGCAAAACCCAUCUGGCAUUGGCUGUGACGGUUGGAUUGACAGUGAUUAUGCUGGUCCUGGCCAGCACUUUUCUCUAUUGGCGUGGGCGCCGGAUUCAGAAUAAAAGGGCUAUGAGGCGCUACUUGGAACGGGGUGAGAGCAUAGAGCCUCUGGAUCCUAGUGAGAAGGCUAACAAAGUCUAUGCCAGAAUCUUCAAAGAAACAGAGCUGAGGAAGCUUAAAGUGCUUGGCUCAGGUGUCUUUGGAACAGUGCACAAAGGAGUGUGGAUCCCAGAGGGUGAGUCCAUCAAGAUUCCAGUCUGCAUUAAAGUCAUUGAGGAUAAGAGUGGACGGCAAAGUUUUCAGGCUGUGACAGAUCAUAUGCUGGCUAUUGGCAGCUUAGACCAUGCCCACAUCGUACGGCUGCUAGGACUCUGCCCAGGGUCAUCUCUGCAGCUUGUCACUCAAUACUUGCCUCUCGGUUCCCUGCUGGAUCAUGUGAGACAACACCGGGGGGCACUGGGGCCACAGCUGCUGCUCAACUGGGGAGUACAAAUUGCCAAGGGUAUGUACUACCUGGAAGAGCAUGGUAUGGUGCAUAGGAACCUGGCUGCCCGAAAUGUGCUGCUUAAGUCACCCAGUCAGGUUCAAGUGGCAGAUUUUGGUGUGGCUGACCUGCUGCCCCCUGAUGACAAGCAGCUACUACAUAGUGAAGCCAAGACUCCAAUUAAGUGGAUGGCCCUUGAGAGUAUCCACUUUGGGAAAUACACACACCAGAGUGACGUCUGGAGCUAUGGUGUGACAGUUUGGGAGUUGAUGACCUUUGGGGCAGAGCCCUAUGCUGGGCUGCGAUUGGCUGAAGUACCAGACCUGCUGGAGAAGGGAGAGCGACUGGCACAGCCUCAGAUCUGCACCAUUGAUGUCUACAUGGUCAUGGUCAAGUGUUGGAUGAUUGAUGAGAAUAUUAGACCAACCUUUAAAGAACUAGCCAAUGAGUUCACCAGGAUGGCCCGAGAUCCACCUAGGUAUCUAGUCAUAAAGAGAGAAAGUGGGUCUGGAAUACCUCCUGGGGCAGAGCCCCCAGCUCUGACAGACAAGGAACUGGAAGAAGUAGAGCUGGAGCCAGAACUGGACUCAGACUUGGAGGGAGAGGAGGACAGCCUGGAAACUACGCUAGGCUCUGGCCUCAGCUUACCAGCUGGAACACUUACUCGGCCUUGUGGGAGCCAGAGCCUUCUAAGUCCAUCAUCUGGAUACAUGCCCAUGAACCAGAGUAACCUUGGGGAAGCUUCCCAGGAAUCUGUAGUCUGUGGGGAUAGUGAACUGUGCCCCCGGCCUGUCUCUCUGCACCCAGUGCCACGGGCUCACCUGGCAUCAGAGUCAUCAGAGGACCAUGUGAUGGGCUCUGAGGCUGAGCUCCAGGAAAAGGUGUCAAUGUGUAGAAGCCAGAGCCAGAGCCCACGGCCAUGUGGAGACAGUGCCUACCAUUCCCAGCGCCACAGCCUACUUACCCCAGUCACCUCACUGUCCCCACCAGGAUUAGAGGAAGAGGAUGUCAACGGUUAUGUCAUGCCAGACACACAUCUUAAAGGUAUUUCUUCCUCUCGGGAAGGCACCCUUUCUUCAGUGGGUCUCAGUUCUGUCCUGGGAACUGAAGAAGAAGAAGAUGAAGAUGAGGAGUAUGAAUACAUGAACCGGAGGAGAAGGCAUAGUCCAGCUCGUCCCCCUAGACCUGGUUCCCUUGAGGAGCUGGGUUAUGAGUACAUGGAUGUAGGAUCUGACCUCAGUGCCUCUCUGGGUAGCACACAGAGUUGCCCACUCCAACCUGUUCCCAUCAUGCCUGUUGCUGGCACCACUCCUGAUGAGGACUAUGAAUAUAUGAAUCGGCAGCGUGGAGGUGGUGCAGGGGGGGAUUAUGCAGCCAUGGGGCCCUGCCCAGUAGCUGAACAAGGGUAUGAAGAGAUGAGAGCUUUCCAGGGGCCUGGACACAAUGCCCUCCAUGUUCGCUAUGCCCGCCUCAAAACUCUACGAAGCUUAGAAGCCACAGACUCUGCCUUUGACAACCCUGACUACUGGCAUAGCAGACUUUUCCCUAAGGCUAAUGCCCAGAGAACAUAACCCCUGCUCCCUGAGACACUUGGAGCAUUUAAUGGCAGCUAGUGUCUGUAGAGGGGACUCUUCCCAACUCCCUCUUCCCUCACAGGUCUCAGCCCCAUUUCUCUAGUCCAAGACAACUCCAUUCAACCUCUGGAGGCUUUUAAACACUUUAACAUGAAAUUCUUUUUUGUUUGUUUUUGUUUUUUUCCUUUUUUUUUGUACCAGGGAUUGAACUGGGGACCUUGAGCUUUCAAGGCAGGCAAUGGAACCACUGAGCUAAAUCCCUGCCCCAAACAUGAAAUUCUUACAGUAUAUAGCCACUGUACUCUUUCCUACCUCCUAGGAAAGAAGGUUUUGUCUGUUUUGCUAACCCAUUCCUCAGCUUCCUCACAGGAACUCCCUGGAGAUAUGAAGGAUUAUUUCCCCAGUCUCUUUCUCUUUGAGGCCCUUACCUGUUGGAACUAAUGUGCUUUUGUUUCCCAUCAGACUGUCCUAAAGAAGAGGAAAGGGGGAAAACCUGGUGAAGGAGGGUCAUUGUGGUUUAUGAUUUGUGAUCCCUUAGAAAGCCUGGAGAGUAUAAAUUUUGUGGAAGAGAGAGGUUAAGAAUAGAUAUUGAUUACUGUUAAUUGAACAUUUACCAAGAGCCAGGCAUCAUGGAAAAUCUCUCCUAUAUUAUCUCACUUAACCCCCAUUUUACAAAGACAGUGGCCCCCCCCAGGUGUUCCAAGAUACCCAGUGAAUGUGUGAAACUGGGGCUAUUACUGAAAUGUAUAAAACCUUUUUUCAGUGAAGUACUUAUCCUGCAUUGUGCCCACAACUUUUGCAGUUUGAAAUGCAACAACAAAACUAGGACUAAUGCAUGUUUCCAUUUUCACAGACAGAUCUGUUCUUAUCAUAAUCUUUGCAACCCCCAUAGAUCUUAGCAACCUCAACAUAGGAUUGUUUUUUCUUUAUUGAGAACUGUCACUUUUUCACUUAAAGGAAGUCUUUUAUGGUUUCUUUGACAUAUUUGAAUUGCCAGCACCACAACUCUUGAACUGUGUGGGCAUUAUUAAGUAAAAUUAGGGUACUUGGACACAAGCACUGUGAUGUCACAACGGUCUGCUGAGAAGGCUACUCAUGGGCAUGUGGAUACACUGGACAAAGGGUUAAUUCCCAAGUUGAUGGAACAGGAUGGUGUGGAAUUUCAGCAUGCUAUUCAGAAAAGAAUGCAAUUUAAACUUCUGAACUGUUUAUUUCUGGAAUUUUCCAUUUUAAUAUUUUGACUUUGCCACAAGUAACUCAAACUGCAGAAAGCAAAUCAUUGGGGGGGGGGGCACUAAGCCUGAAGAAAUUAAGCAGCAGGUCCAGGAUUCAAAAUGUUCCCAAUUCUAAUGCAUAGUGUCUUACUGUAACAUGUCAAGGAAAACUGAUACAAGUCAGAGCCCAUGUAAGGGACAUUGUUUUCUUGUUUUUGCACCGAAUCAAGUUGAACUCCAACAGCCACAUCCUCUUACACCCAGAUUUCUCAUCUCAGGAAGCAGUGAAGUGAAUGGUCAGAAGAAAACAUAACUGGCUAUCUCUGUGUAAACCAUAGCCCAUGUGUACUGUCGAUGAUCUCCACUCCUUAUAGAUUCACAAAGGUCCCAAAGACCCACUUUUAGAAGCUACUGUACUCUCAUCCAGAAAUGAGAAGCUUCUAGUUGGGUUAGAAAGAGGACCCAUCUUCAGACCCCUUAUCCUCUUGGAUGGAAACUAGGAGGAAGUGUAUGUUGUAUCCUUAAAGUUUUUUGUUUUUAUACAUGUCUGAAUAAAAAUGCUAAAGUUUUUCA